AUGGCAGCCUUUGCUGAAUUCGCUCUUUGCCCAGAACUCGUUUCUGCAACAGAAGACGAGGGCUGGGCGCUUCCCACGGCCAUUCAGGCCGAGGCCAUCCCCCUCAUCUUGGGCGGAGGCGAUGUGUGCGCAGCAGCAGAAACUGGCAGCGGCAAGACUGCAGCAUUUGUGCUUCCUUCGCUGCAGCUGGUUCAUGAGGCUUUACGGGGCGUUGCUGUUACUCCAGCAGCAGAAGCAGCAGGAGUAGUGGGAGCAGCAGCAGCAGCAGCAGCGCCUGCUCCUGCCGGAGGGGCCGCAGGUUGGCAGACUGAUGGCAGCGACCGGGACAUGCAGAUCAUUUGGACCCCACGCCCAGCAGCAGCAGCAGCAGCAGCAGCAGCAGCAGCAGCAGCAGCAGCAGCUCCGCCUAUAAAUCUAGUGUGCACUGACGCAGACAACUGGAGGGGGUUCAGAGCCCCAGCAGACAUCUACAGGGGCAAAUAUGCGUUUGAGGUGUACGUACACCGCGGGCUCGUGCGCGUGGGCUUCGGCAGCAAAGCGCGUUCUAGGGUUUUGGGUUUAGACAUUUUUUCUUUUGGUUUUGGAAGCACUGGAAAGAAGAGCUGGAACGGGAAGUUCCUUGACUACGGCUGUCCGUUUGGGCCUGGCGACGCAGUGGGGUGCGUAAUCGAGCGCGACAGCAGCAGCAGCAGCAGCAGCAGCAGCAGCUGCGGCUCCGUUUCUUUUUAUAUAAAUGGAAGACCCAUGGGAGUUGCUUUUCCCCUUCCUGCUGCUGUUGCAGCAACCCCCCUGCGUCCGGGGGUUUGCGGCAAGGGUUUCGAGGUGGAUGUGCGAUUCUCUAACUUUUUAUUUCCCAUAGAAGGCGUGGCCGAAGUGGGGCAGCUGACGAGGACCGACUCACUGCCUGCUGCAGGCAGCGGCAACAGCAGCAGCAGCAGCAGCAGCAGCAGCAGCAGCAGCAACCUGCUGCAGGGCUCCGGGCCUCUCUGCAUCUGCAUCGCCCCUACCCGCGACCUCGUCAUUCAAACUUACAAUUGCUACAAGCAGUUUGGGAGAGUGUUGGAGAACCCCCGUCUCAUCAUAGAGUCGUGUGUUGGUGGGGGUCCAGGCGGCGGCUCAGCUCACAGGACAGACUUUAAAAGUACGGACGUGCUGGUGGGGACUUUGGACAAAACCCUCGAACUCGCGAAGCGGCGGCAAAUUCCUCUCAGCCGUUUGCAGCUUUUAAUAAUUGACGAGGCCGACGAAGUGGUCAAGGACCAGGGCGCCAAGAAGCUCCACGAGCUGCAGCUGCUGGGUCUGGGGGCUGCGGGGCGGCGGCCGCAAACCCUUUUUUUCUCCGCGACGCUGCACUCUGCUGCUGCUGCUGCUGCACUGCAGCUGCUGGCUCCUGCUGCAGCAUGGGCGGACUUGAAGGGUUUGGCGGUUUUGCCAGAUGCAGCAAGAGUCGCUCUUUAUUCCCUCGACCCUUCUCAGGGGCUGCAGUGCGCGCUUCCCUUCGACGCCUCUGUGGGGCCCCCCGAGACUGACGGGGUGCAUGUGGGGCAGGUAGCAGCAGCAGCAGCAGCAGCAGCAGCAGGUGCUGCUGCUGCUGCUGCGGUGAACUGCAAGGACCCCGACUUCUUGUCCUGCCGAACCAAGUACCUCAAGCCCCAAGCGGCAGUGGCCAUCGCAGAUGCCCUCAAGAUGGACUCUUGCAUGAUUGUUUGUCGAACUAAUCAAGACUGCGAUUUAAUGGAGAAGUUUCUUUUGAAGUUGGGGGGCGGCAAGAAGUUUUCAGGAAAGAUGGAAUCUGGAAAGGAAAACCCCUACGCAUGCGUCGUCGUUGCAGGCAUGCGUUCGAACCAAGAGAGAUAUGCCAACCUUGAGCACUUCAAAGCGGGAGAUGCGCGUUUUUUGAUUUGCACAGAUGUGGCUGCAAGAGGAAUUGACAUAAAGAACCUCCCUUUUCUUAUAAUGCUGACUCUGCCGGAUUCGCCCGAACAGUUUUUCCACCGCGUGGGCCGCGUGGGCCGCGCGGAGUGUAUGGGAUUGGCGGUUUGCAUAGUUUCUACUCACAAAGAGAGGGUUUGGUAUCACUCUUGCCCUGACAGAGGGAGAGGCUGCUCCGACAGGCGGCUUGCCCAAGAUGGUGGCUGCACCAUUUGGUACGACGAGCCGCAACUUCUCGCAGAGAUCCAGCGCAAGAUAGGCCAAGAGCUUCCCUGCCUCCACCCCACCUAUUUCUACUACCCGGGCAUUGCCGACCCUUUUAAGAAGCUCGAAGACCCAGAAGACAACACCCGAAGACAGCGCGGCGCCGCAAAGCAGGCGGAACUUCCGGUGUAUGGACAGCACAAAACUGAGCAGGGCAAUGCUGCCACCCGCAAGCAUCUCCAAGAGAUCGCCGCCUCCGUGUCUACCCUGCUGGCUUUAGAGAAACAGGCGCAGCAGCAGUUUAUGAUUAUGACAUCAACCAAGUGGCCAUAA